AUGCUCGGCACCGAGCGAAGCUUUGGUCCAAUCACCCCGAGGGUGCGCAGCGACCUCGUGGCCAAGCCCGACGUCAGGCCCAACUCGCCGGCCGAGGUGCCGAGACCAUCUGCCUACUCACCGCGCGAUGGAGGGUAUGUGGCGCCUGGAACUGCAACUCCACGGAAGAUCACUUUCGUCCCGGCACAAAGGAAGGUAGCAGUCGUCUCGCUGGGAGCGCGGCCCUGCCACAACACCGGAGGGCACGCAAGGUCCGAGAGUGGCAUCGUGGGCUCCAGGCUCGACUGCUCUUACGCCUUGCGGCCGGGGCCGCCCCGGCACGUGCGAGUGGUUCCCGGCGAGGCAAAGACCGCGCCUUGCACGCCCAACCCGCUCUACCGCUCCGUACGGCGAGGAUCUCCUCCUCCUCCGCAGCUUCCGAGCGCGGCGUUAUCGGCCACGGCUCCCAGCGCAGGCAAGGCUGCCGGCGAACCGUCACGCAGUCGCUUGCGACCGUUGGUGCUGCCGGCCUGGCCCUCGACUGUGGCCUGGACAACCUUCCAGCCAGGUACCUCUCCCUGCACCGUCGAGAGACAGAUCUCCACGGCAUCCGUCUCGUCCGAGAUGGGCCGGCCGGCCACAGCUUCAUCGACGCCGCGCGUCGUCAGCCUGCGAAGCUGGCCACGGACGCUGUCUUACACAACCAGCUUUCGCUCUCCGUCGCCCUCACCGCGGCUCUACUCCGCGCCGGUACGGCCGCUGCCCUCCAGCGGAUCCUUCCAAGUUGUACGCGCGACCUCCCCGCCGGUGGUCCAGAUCGACUUGACACAGGAGCACCGCCAGGCUUCAGAAGCUGCGCGGAGGGUGUCCGGCUCCAACCGUCAGGCUGUCCAGCACCCUCCCGUCGCCGACAUUCAGGCAUCCACGGGUUAUCGCCCGGGAAGGGAACUCCAAAGAGAGGAUCCGCCUGAGGCGACCGAUGGCGCGAAGACGGAUGAGGAGACGACGGAUGACGAGUCGCAGGAGCUCAACGAAGAGGACUGGAGCGCGAGGAGCAGAGAACGCGCGCGGUACCGGGAGGACGGCUUCCUCCCCACAGCUGAGCGCUUGGAGCUUUGUGGUCGGAUGCCAAAGACGGUCCUUCUCUGA